CCCCGGCUCGUGCAGUGGUUUGCGCCAAACCUCCCCCAACUCUGGUUUUCGUGGAUUUGUCCACUGGCUGUCGGAGGGGGAACCGGGCAGUGACAGGAGCGGAGCCGGGAGGAGGAUGAGGAGAGCCGGGCCGGGUCAGCUGCGUCAUGGCCUCCAACUCCACGGACAUCGUCAGACAGGGCUACGUGCGGAUGAAGAGCAGGAAACUCGGGAUUUACCGCCGCUGCUGGCUGGUGCUCAGAAAAUCCUCCAGUAAGGGACCCUGGAGACUGGAAAAGUAUCCGGACGAGAGGUCAGUCCUCCUGCGCAUGUCCCCUAAGGUGAUGGAGAUCAGUAAUGUUAAAUGCAUUAUGCGGCUUCCUAAGGAAACUAAGAGACAAGCGGUGGCCAUUAUUUUCUGUGAUGAUCUAGCCCGCACCUUUACUUGUGAUUCAGAGCUGGAAGCUGAAGAGUGGUUCAAGGUGCUAUCCAUGGACUGUCCAGGCACACAAGUAAAUGACUGCAAUCUCGGAGAGCCAGACCUACUGACUCCAGGAGUGCAGAGUGAACAGACAGAACGCUUCAACGUCUUCUUGCUGCCUACUUCCAACCUGGAUGUGUAUGGAGAGUGCAAGAUGCAAGUAACAGAAGAAAAUCUCUACCUCUGGGAUCCCCACAAUCCUCGUACCAAGCUUCUGUCCUGGCCCCUCUGUGCCCUAAGAAGAUAUGGAAGUGACUCUUCCCGAUUCACUUUUGAGGCAGAACGGGUGUGUGGAAUCAGUGAGGGACUCUACACCUUCCAGACCCUACAAGGACAGCAAAUUUAUGAGCGAGUGCAUACUGCCGUCCUGACGCUGGCUGAACAGCACAAAAGCCUCCUUCUUGAGAUGGAAAAAAGUUCCCGGUUACUGAACAAAGAAGUGGAAAAUGUACCUCAUUCUGGUCCCAGCACCUCCAUGCUGCCCCGCAGUGCAUACUGGCAUCAUAUCACUAGCGGUCAAAGCAGCACAGAGUCUUCCAGCAGUAGACCUCACAGUGGAAGAGAUUCAGAUCCAAUUACAAGGAGGACAUUUUCUCAAAAACUGCCCACAUCAGCUUCACAGUGAUCAAAUCUGCCUCCUUCUGGCCAGAUUCGAGGACCAUGGACACAGUGGAUAGCACCCCAUCCAGGAACUGCCCCUAAAGUGCCAUACUCAUGCGAGGAGAGUGCAGCCACUUAAAGGGGAGGGGAGGGUUCUGGAAAAAACAAAAACAUUUUGCACUAUAAAAGAAAAAGAACCAAG